AUGGCGACCCAGAUAUCAACAGAGUCUUCUACUUUCUCAGACACACAAACAAAGAAACCUCGACGAGAUGCUUCAACGAUCUCAUUCCAAUUUCCACCUACGCCUCCCAAGUCUGAGUAUGGGAAUGGAGAGUAUGAUGAAUUCUAUCCAAAUUCGAGAAGGACAAGUUCAGCAGCAUCACUUCGAUAUCCGCUACCUCCUCCGUCAAAUCCUCCUACAGAGAUUCUCAAAGAAGACCUGAAAACUCCCGACAACCACGUACCCCGCGAUCCUCGAUUAAUACGCCUUACUGGUAUCCACCCAUUCAAUGUCGAAGCACCUCUUAGUGCCCUCUAUGAUGAAGGCUUCCUCACGUCACCCGAGCUAUUCUAUGUCCGAAAUCAUGGCGCCGUACCUCAAGUUGACGAUGCAUCUAUUCCCGAUUGGGAGUUUACUAUUGAAGGAAUGGUUAAGCGUCCAAUAAAGAUGACUUUGAGAGAACUUAUUGCAGAGUACGAACAAAUUACGGUUCCAAUCACUCUUGUCUGUGCAGGAAAUCGACGGAAGGAGCAAAACCAAGUCAGGAAAUCAAAAGGUUUCUCAUGGGGUGCUGCCGGUGUUUCAACGGCCUUAUGGACGGGGGUUUCUCUCAUGGAUUUGAUCAAGAGGGCUAUGCCAAUGAGAGGCGCUAAAUACGUGUGUAUGGAAGGUGCUGACAAGCUUCCAAAUGGUUACUAUGGCACGUCGGUGAAGCUGAACUGGGCCAUGGACCCGAAUAGAGGCAUCAUGGUUGCGUACAAGAUGAACGGAGAGAUGCUUCGCCCUGACCACGGCAAACCAUUGCGAGUAGUUGUGCCUGGACAAAUCGGUGGUCGAAGUGUCAAGUGGCUCAAGAGACUCAUUGUCACAGCGGCACCUAGUGAUAAUUGGUAUCAUAUCUACGACAACAGGGUUCUUCCUACCAUGAUCAGUCCCGAACAAAGUGCCAACGAGCCGAAGUGGUGGAUGGACGAACGAUACGCUAUCUAUGAUUUGAGCACGAACAGUGCUACCGCAUAUCCAGCCCACGAGGAGCAAGUCUGUCUGGUGAACGGCCCAGAAACGUACCGAGCUCGAGGAUACGCUUAUGGAGGAGGCGGAAGGAGGAUAACGAGAGUGGAAGUAACGCUAGACAAAGGCAAGUCAUGGGCUUUGGCCGACAUCAGAUACCACGAGGAUGACUACCGAGAUCAAGUCGACGAAAACGAAAUGUUAUUUGGUGGCAAGCUGGAUAUGGGUUGGCGAGAAACAUGCUUCGCAUGGUGCUUUUGGGAAAUCGACCUGAAAGUUGAGGAUAUGAAGCUUUCUGGAGACAUCAUGGUGAGAGCGAUGGAUGAGAGCAUGAAUGUCCAACCACGUGACAUGUACUGGAGUGUCCUUGGAAUGAUGAACAACCCUUGGUAUCGAGUAACGAUCAGCAAGGAAGGUGAUUAUCUUCGUUUUGAACAUCCCACACAACCUGCUCUUAUGCCAGGAGGAUGGAUGGAAAGAGUGAAAGCAAAGGGUGGAAACCUCAGUAAUGGAUUCUGGGGAGAGAAAAUGGGUGGAGAAGGAGAAGAAGAGGUUAUUGUCGAGGCAAAGACCGAAGUGAAGAUGACUAAAGACGGUCUUGACAAAGAAAUUACGAUUGAUGAAUUACGAAAACACGACACUGAUGAAAACCCCUGGUUUGUGGUUAACGGAGAAGUCUAUGACGGAACAGCUUUCCUAGAAGGUCAUCCUGGAGGAGCAACUAGUAUCAUCGGAGCAGCAGGUCAAGAUGCCACUGAAGAAUUCAUGGCUAUUCAUUCCGAGACAGCCAAAGGCAUGAUGCCACAAUACCACGUUGGUUCCCUUGAUGAAGCAUCCCGCCGCGUUCUCCAAGACCCCGUAGAAACCAUUCCCUCGGAAUCUAGCACGCCUCGCCCAACUUUCCUCCAAUCAAAACAAUGGACCAAAGCCAUUCUAUCAUCCAAAAAGUCAAUAUCAGCCGACACACGCAUAUUCUCCUUCUCACUCGAGCACGAAGAACAAAUCAUUGGGCUGCCAAUUGGCCAGCAUCUCAUGAUGCGUCUCCGAGACCCGGUUACCCGAGAAGCCAUAAUCCGUUCCUACACUCCCAUAUCCGAAGGAACAGACAAGGGCGUCCUGGAUAUUCUUAUUAAGAUCUAUCUCGACACCGACGAUACACCAGGUGGAAAGAUGACCAAAGCCCUCGAUGCCAUCCCCGUUGGCCAUUUUGUCGAUUUCAAAGGCCCGACAGGACAUUUCGAGUAUCUUUCCAAGGGCAGAUGUACGAUCUCCGGGAAAGAGAGGAAAGUGAAGAAAUUCAUUAUGAUCUGCGCCGGAAGUGGAAUUACGCCCAUCUUUCAAGUCUUACGAGCCGUGCUUAGCGACAAGGAAGACGAGACGGAAUGUCUGGUUCUAGACGGCAAUCGACUAGAAGAGGAUAUUCUUUGCAAGGAAGACAUGGAUCGUCUGGUGAAGGGCAACGAGCAUCGUUGCAGACUUCUUUACUCCCUAACAAAACCCGGAGAAGGAUGGACAGGUCUAAAAGGACGAUUAAGCAAAGAAUUACUCGAGAAAGAAGUCGGUACCUGUAAAGUACAGAACGGAGAGGAGCUGGUGCUUAUUUGCGGACCGGGUGCGUUGGAGAAGAGUGUUCAUAGCCUAUUGAACGGAAUGGGCUGGAAGGAUGAGCAUUUGUUGUUCUUCUAG